AAACAGCCUCUCGCAGGGCUCGAACCAUACCUCUACUGAGGGAGGCAUACCCACUGAGCUAAGAGCCCAUUGGUGAAAAGGGCCUCUUCACAUUUUCACAAUACGCCCAUCCCAUAUCAUCCCAUCCUUCUCCAUCCAUGUUACAUACACCACAAACAUGCAAAAUGCGCCCAUAAGUACAUGACGAAUCUGAUUCCGCAUUCUUGUCCACUAAAACACACAUACCCAAAUAACUAGUUAGACUGAAGAGAGCAACCAAAUGGAGCACGACCUCUGUGAAGCUGCAAUUAAAGGGAGCACCGAUUCGCUGCUCGACAUAAUCAAAAAAGAUCCACUGAUUCUUCACAAAAUUGCAGCCGGAUGUUUCAAUGGCGCUGCAAGUCCUCUCCAUGUGGCUACAUUAAGCGAGCAAAAAGACUUUGUGGAAACACUACUGAAUCUCAAACCGGAGCUCAAAUUGAGACUCACAGAAGUCUUAGAUUCGCAACAACGGUCUGCCCUUCACUUGGCAUCGGCCAUGGGGCACCACCAGAUUGUGAAGGUAUUAGUGAAGGCCAACCCCAAGAUGUGCCUGGUUCGCGAUCGAGAUGGUAAAAACCCCGUCCAUGUGGCCGCCAUGGAAGGCAAGACCAGUGUCUUGGAAGAGCUGGUUCGAGCCAGCCCGCAAGCGGCUCGAGUCAGGGUGGAUCAAAACGAGACGAUCUUGCACUUGUGUGUCAAGCACAAGCAGUUGGAGAGCUUGGAGAAACUGUUGGAGAUGAUAAAAGUUUGCGAUUUUGUCAACGCUAAGGAUAGUGAUGGAAACACCAUUUUACAUCUAGCUAUUUUGUAUGAACACUUCGAGAUCGCACGUCACAUCCUUGGGAUGGAAACAGUAGAAGGGAAGGAAACAAAAGAUGGGAAUGCGACAAAUGGAUGUGGUACUACAACAGAAAAGUCAUUGCAAAAGAUCGCGAAUCUGCUAGGGAAGGGAACAAACGAAGAAAAGGAAACAAUAGAUGUGAAUGCGACAAAUGCAAGUGGACACACAGCAAUGGACAUUUUGUUCCUUGGACCAGGUAACAAAGAAGAGAGUGAUCGUGUGAUUCGUGUCCACGACUUACUUCUAAAAGCCAAUGCUAAACAGGCGAAAGAUCUCGUAGGCGGAGAUUGGCUUACGAAUAAAAGGGAGUCCUUAAUGGUUGUGGCAUCACUUAUUGCGACAAUGGCAUUCCAAGCUGGGGUGAGUCCUCCUGGAGGCGUCUGGCAAGAGAACUCCCCUACUCCUGGGGUGAACUCCAAUGAGACCUCCAUUAAGAAUGAGACCAUUGUUUACCGAGCUGGAGAAGCUGUAAUGGCUUAUAAUUAUCAAGGUUCUUAUCCGUACUUCCUCCGCUUUAACACAAUAGGAUUCGUUGCAUCAUUGAGUACAAUUUUGUUGCUCAUGAGCGGAUUAAAAUUCAGGAACAAGGCUAUGAUGUGGAUCCUUAUAGUGACAAUGUGGUUGGCAAUCACAUCAAUGGCAAUUACAUAUGCGUUCUCCAACGUUGUGGUUACUCCUAAAAAGGACAGACCAUCACUCAGUAAUACCAUUACAAUUGGAGUUAUAGUGUGGUCCAGUGUGAUGGCUCUUCUUCUGGUGAAACACACAUUCGGGUUGGUGGCAUUUUUCGCGACAGAGAGAAGCAGAAAAAUGAAGGCAAAUAAAAGGAUUAAAUUUGAGGCGCGUGGUGGCAAAGUUUGAGGAGCGAAUCCUCCCCUUCCCCUCAGGUCUUAGACGAUAAUAUAUAUAGGAUUGAAUAUAAGGCUUUCCAAUGUUGGAACUUUUGUUCCUGCUCUGAACUACUGUGGGGAAGGACAAUAAUCCUCCGAUACCUACAAAAACGAUCGGAAUUCCAUUUCCUACAAAAACGAUCGGCAGGGGUUUCUUUUUCUUUUUCUUUUUUUCUCGGUAAUGAUGUGGGCAGUUUCGGUAAUGAUGUGGGCAGGUGGCUGAUGAAGAUGAUUUCGCAGAGGAUGAUGAUGUCUUCGCGAGGAUGGUGACUCUUGUUUCUCUCGGUCUUCGGGUUUGUUCUCUCGGUUUGUUUGUCUCUGUUGGCUUUUGCUUGUUUCGGUGUUGCCUAUCACUAGAUUGUUUUGUUCGGUUUUUGGUGUUUGUUUGUGGUGAUUUGGUCGGCAUCUUGCCAUUUUUUUUGUUUUGGUUCUCGGGUGGCGUAUGCCGGUGUGCCCGUAAUCCUUUUAAUGUUUGUAAUCAUGAACAAAGAUUAAUAAAAAUAUGUUUGGCCUAUCGGGAAAAAAAAA